AUGUACCAGACUUUGCGUUUGACCAGCUGUCAGGAGCAUUGCCAGGGUAAGAAGUCGGUGUUGCGGGUGGUCCGGCGCACGCGGCUGGACUACAUUUGGGAGACCUUGGAUGACCCCAACUCCUCCAAAACAGCAUGGUGGCUCUCACAGGCGUGGGCAGUCACGAGUGGGUUACAUUUUCUUACUCCGCUUCUAUUUGUCUACUCAUGUCAACUGUGGUCCACGACCCAGGUGGCAGUGGUGGAAACCUGCUUCGACAGUGUUUUCUGCUUGGAGUUCAUCCUGCGCAUCAUCUCCGCCCCUUCCAAGUUCAUGUAUUUCACCGAUCCAGUGAACAUUGCAGACAUCGUGUGCGUCCUUGGCCUUCCCCUCCGUGCCAGCAUCGGCUUUGUGUACACCAGUGAUCCAGAGACGUUGUGGGUGAAAGGCGUUCAAAUCAUGCUCAUCUUCUUCCUGCCCCUGUUCCGCUUCUUGAAGCUGCUCCGCUACUUCGAAACCACUCGCCUUUUGAUUGAUGCCUGUGCCAAGUCGGCCGAGGCAGUGCCAGCGGCUUUGCGGCAGUGGGUCUUGUCGUACAUGAUGGCGUUGAUCGUGUUGGUUUCAGCGACCUUCAUCUACUUCUUUGAGGACAGGAACAACAUCCCAAGUAUGCCACAUGCUUUGUGGCUUGCGGUGGUCACCAUGACCACUGUGGGCUAUGGUGACUACUUCCCCAAAUCCUUGGGGGGGCUACCUGACCGUCGCUGUGCUGACCUUCAUCAGCGUGGUCUUUUUGGCAUUGCCCGUGGGCAUUGUGGGCUUUGA